AUGGAUGACUUAAAAAUUAUUAUACUUAGACAAAAUGAGGUUCUGAAAAAGCUAGAAACUGCAUUAUCUAAUGUAAUCAAUAGAAUUGAAAGUAUUGAGAAGAUAUUUUAUAAUACAGAAAGGAACAAAUGGUCAGAUAACUUAUCACCAAUAUUACCCAAAAAAACCAAGUAUGGCCUAUUAGAAAGCAAUCCACACAAGUCUGAAGAUUUAAAUAAGGAAAUUGGCGAUUUCGAUUUAAGUGCAAUUAAUUCUGCCUUCAACUUAAUUCCAAUAGAUGUACUAAAAAUCGAUUAUAUGAAUCAACCUCUUAAUUUAAUUGAAGAUAACAAUGACAUAGAUUCACAUCAUAUUAGGGAUAUCCACAUUAAUAAUAAAUUUCUAGGCUUAUUUAAUUCUAAAUUAUAUAAUUCUGCAUCAAACAAAUAUUCGGAUCAUUAUCAACAGCCUGAAGAGUUAUCAGAAGACAAGUUAGAGAAUAAAUCUAUAAGAACUAAUUUAAAAUUGCCAGCAUUCGAAAGUGAGAACAAACUUGAGAAUUUUGAGUGUGAGAUUUUUCAGAAAAACAAUGAAAACGAUUUUUGCGCAACAAAUAACAUUAGUAAACUUCAAAUACGUAGCCUAUGGAAAAAUGAAUUUAAAUCCAACCAAAAAUCCCAAUCAAAAGAAACACCGAAAGUUAUAUCAAACAGACUAGAUAUGCUUAACAAAUGCUACAACUAUAACAAAAGUGCCAUACUUUCCAAUUGUAUCGGAAAAAGUGCAUUAAACACUGGUUUAUCAAAUCAACUUUACAUUUUCGAUGAAGAAGAUAAUUCCAGUAUGCGGCAUGAUGACCCUCUUGACCUAGAGAUUGCAGAAAAUGAAUUCUAUUAUUUAAAAACUCAUAUUAAAAGAGGAUCAACUACAACCAGAGAUCAUUCUCAAAGCUCUGGUCUAGAUAAUUGCCACCUCUUUAAGUGUUUAUAUCCCACGGCCAGAGAAAUAAAGCAAGGCUCUGAUAACAUUCAUAAUUUUGGAAUUUGCCUAAAUAAUAAACAAAUUCAAAUGGAAAGUAAUAGAUACUCAAUAAAGGAAAUCAAAUACCACAAACCAUUUGAAAAGAUAAUAGGAUACGUACAAAUUCCUUACAGUGCUUUUUUAAGUCAAUCGUUUGAAGUCUCUGAUAAAGAUAAAACUAUGAAGAUUAUGAAUUCUUUAGAAGAAGUGAAUUACUUAGAAUCAGCAUCCAUAUAUAAUGAAACCAAAAAUUGUUUCAAAGCUAAUAUUUUUGCAAGUAAUAAUGAUCAUUAUGAUGGCAAAUUUACCUAUAUUAAGGGCAGCUAUCCUAUUUUCUAUCAAUUUUUCUCUUUUCAACGAUACCCAAUUUUAUUUUUAAGGCCACUUUUUAGUAAUUAA